AUGGAUACAACGACAAUCAAUUUAGAAGAUUUUACUUGUAGUAUUUGUCGUGAAAUAUUUCAUUCACCUGUUAGUCUAUCGUGUCCACAUACAUAUUGUCAAAGUUGUGUACUUGGUCUUAAAAAACCCAUUACUUUAACAUCAGAAUCUGAAUCAACACCAACGUCUUCCUUGCGAAUUGAUAGUUUUAGUCAUUCAUCACAUGUCCAUCAACCAAAUCAAUGUUUUGUUUGUGCGAUUUGUCGAAAAGAAUCAUUGGGUUAUGUACGUUAUCGUGAAUUAGAAAAUCAAUUAGAUACAUUUGAAACAUCAUGUCCAAAUUGUUCAAUAGUAUUUACUUUAUCGGCAUUAAGAAAACAUUUAGAAAUAUGUAUACCUAUGAGAAGUAAUUAUACACGACAUAAUACAGAUUCAAGAUCUACAAAUCUAGUUGAACGUUUAUCUGAAUCACAAACGAAAGCUUUACAAAAAGCACAACAAGGUGAAAAUCGCUCAACGUUUCAAUGUCCAUUUUGCCCACGAGCAAAUUUUACUCUUAAUCAUCUUCGUCAACAUAUUAAGAAACGUCAUAAAAAUGAAGAUCAACGUCGAGUCUGUCCAAUCUGCUCAACACUGCCAUGGGGUGAUAAAAAUAUGAUAUCAUCUAAUAUCUAUCAACAUAUUAAAAGUCGUCAUAGAUUUGAUUAUGAUACAUAUGUGAAUUAUGAACAAGAUGAAGAAACGAUGAUGCGUGAAGCGUUACAAGCUUCUCUUUUACACCAAUAA